AUGACCACCGCCGCCUCAUCCCUCAGUCCCACGAGCGCCAGCCUCGGCCUCGGUCGUCCCUCCUCAGGCAAGGCGCGUCGCUCGCACCCGCGCGAAAGCAGCGGGGCGUACCAGCUGUUCGAUGCGAAGCAAGUGCAGGUCUUCCGUGAGGCAUUCAGCCUGAUCGACCAGGACAACGACGGCGUCAUCUCUGAGGCGGACCUGCGCGGACUGCUCGCUUCACUCGGCCAACAACCUUCUCCCCAACUCAUCCACUCCCUCCUGCACGCCCAGCCCCUCUCCGCCCCUCCCUCUUCCACUCCCCUCCCAAUAAACUUCACCACCUUCGUGACCCUCCUGGCCUCGCACCUCUCCCCCCUCUCGCCCGAACAAGAGAUGCUCGAGGCGUUCGCGUGCUUUGACGAGUCGAAUGAGGGGUUCGUGAGAGGGAAGGAGGUGAGGGAGUGGUUGGGAGGGUCGGGGGACAGGAUGAGUGAGAAGGAGAUCGACCGCCUCCUCCACGCGCCCUUCUACGAUCCCAAGACCGACCUCUUCAACUACCGCCUCUGGUGCUCGACCCUGCGUGUGACAGACGUCGACGAGAACGAGGGCGCUGGCGUUGGGCAGGGGCUGUAG